UUUUUUUUCUCUUCCUGGAUCAUCAUCUUCGGCAUUCCUUUCGAUCGUACAACAUCCAACAUUUUCGGACAAUUCUCUUCCAUCUCCAAGAUGCGUUACUCUCUUACCACCGCUCUUCUUGCGGUCGCUGCCUAUGCAGCUCCCGCAGAGGAGAUCCUCUCCAAGCGGGCGACCUUCAAGAUUUCCGCGCACCCGAAGAACGUGACCACUAAUGGAGCGCUCUCCAUGAUGAGAACUCAUGCGAAGUUUGCACGCCACUAUGGUUCCGUGGCACCUGCUGAUGUCAAGGCUGCGGCUCUCACUGCGGUCCAGAGUGGAUCUGUGACUGCCAACUCAAAUGAGGGCGAUGUCAGCUACCUAAGCCCGGUGAACGUCGGAGGCAGGACUCUCAAUCUUGACUUUGACACUGGUUCAUCCGAUCUCUGGGUUUUCUCCACCUACCUUCCUCAAUCGUACCAAUCAGGCCAUGACGUCUACAGCCCGUCUUCAUCCGCGCAGCGAUUGAGCGGCUCCACCUGGAGAAUCUCCUACGGAGACGGUUCCGGUGCUUCUGGAAUCGUUUUCGCCGACAAGGUCGUUGUUGGUCCGGUCACUGCUACUGUCCAAGCCGUCGAAGCCGCCACAUCCAUCUCCGCGCAAUUCGCGCAGGACGCCAACAAUGAUGGCCUGCUCGGCUUGGCGUUCAGCAGCAUCAACACGGUCCAGCCCACCAAACAGAAGACCUUCUUCGACACUGUGAAGAGCAGCCUCGCUCAGCCUCUUUUCGCUGCCGACUUGAAGCCCGGUCAGACCGGUUACUACGACUUUGGCUACAUCGAAUCUUCAGCCUACACCGGCAGUAUCACCUACACCAGCGUUGACAGCUCGCAAGGCUUCUGGGGCUUUACUGCUGGCGCCUACUCCACUGGAAGCUCUGCCAGCCCUGGUACCGUUGGUGCUUCCAUCAUGGACACUGGUACUACUCUUCUUUACAUCCCUGCCGCUGCCGUCCGCGACUACUAUGCUCAAGUCCCCGGUGGCAAAUACGACAGCAACCAGGGAGGCUACGUCGGCUCAUGCAGCGGCACUUGGCCAGCCUGGAAUGUCAAAAUCGGAGGCACUACCUUCGCCGUCAGUGGCAGCAUCAUCAGGUUCCAGCCGCUUGGAGAUGGAAGCAACAACUGCUUCGGAGGCAUCCAAUCAAGCGCCAGCGUCGGCAUAAAUAUCUUCGGAGACAUCUUCAUGAAGACCAAGUAUGUUAUCUUCGACCAGACCUACUCUACCCCGAGGCUCGGAAUCGCCAACAAGUAGGUCUCGACUUCCUUGAUGGCCAGGGGUGACGGGAGGCGUGUGUGAAGUUGAUCUGGCCCGGUAUCGAUCAAAAUGGGGAAUUUAUCAAUAUUCGGCGGCUCUCACGUGGCGAGCUGUGCUAUUAUGAUUAUGACGCUACAGGACGGCAUUCUCCUCGCUUGGCUGAACCUACACAGUAUCUAUGCUGGAACAGUUGAUGGUUAGAACACAUUGAGACGAAUGUAUUCCAUUUUAUCCU